AUGCCCGGCGACGGCGUGCUGACGCUCCUGGUCUCCCGCGGUCGGCGAUUCCCGCCGUCGCUGGGCCCCCUGCGCGUGACCGCCAAUUUCGCGCGCGACGCCAGGGCCACGGAGCUUUGUGCGCGCCCGCCGGGCGCCGGCGACGCUGUGCGUUGGAACGCGGAGAUGGUGUGGCGCGUGGAGGCCGGGCGGCUGCGGCGGGCGGUGACGUCGCGGGGGCUGGCUACCUGCAAGGUGGUGGCUGAGGGCGCGGGCGGGGAACGGCUCGGUUGGGUGGUGAUCGACCUGAGGGCUGCCAAGAUGAACGCGCUGAGGACAGACUACGAAGGCGAAUGGCUGCCCCUGGCUGGCCCUAAACCUAACCUCAUCCACUCACCUCCGGAGCUUUUCCUCUCCUAUAAAUUCGAAGAGGAGAAAUGUGCAGCGACACCCACAGCUUCCCCGCCACCAUGCGGGGAUGCUGCAGAAAUUGACAGGGAUCAGGAGAGGGCAGGGCGGGAUGCCGAGCUGGACUUCGGCCAGCUGGAGGCAGCCGCCAAAAGAUCCGAACCCUUCGUGCUGACAGGCCGUCGGGGAGAGGCCACAGCAGCUGGCAAAUCGAGCUCGUCCGACGGUGCCAAAGGUGUUCGAAUACCUCCACCAUGGGAGUCUUCACCAGAGCCUGCAGCCAAGGUCACUACGAUUGCUCCUGGCCUCUCUUCUGCCAUCAACAAGCAAGCUCAUGCCCUGCUCCCACGAGCUCCAUCCUUGUCCUCUUCCCACCACCGUCCCCCAGGCCCAUCUGCACCUGAAGCCGCUGGUGCCGAUGAUCCCCACCGCCACUUCAGGUUUCCAUUUAUUCCAUCUGCUCAGAAGUGGCAAAGGUCACACAUGGUCUCACGCAUGACAGGCACACUUCCACAAGCAUUUGCUGCCACUGGCUUGCUUAGUUUAGCAUAG